AUGUCCUCUAUAAAACUGCACAGCAGCCUGUCUUCAAGUCCAUUUAAUUUCGAAAAUGAUGCCGACGAGCCAUUUGAACCAUCUUCUCCCGAUUCACUGUGCAGCGUAUACUUAGACACGAACAAUUCUCGACUGGGUCCAUAUGAUCUCCAAGAGUCUAGGACUAAGAUGAGCGGCGGCGCAAGCCCAAGCUCUGCGUUGCCCAAAAAGAAGAAAAAAAGCGACGCCAAGGGUCAAUCUCAAUUAAACAAGUGCCGUAAUGAAAAACGUCGUCGAGAACAGGAAAAUAUUUACAUCGAGGAGCUGGCCGAGUUGAUCUCAGCUAGUUUUGCGGACAUGAAUUCCUUGUCUGUAAAACCUGAUAAGUGCGCCAUUUUACAGGAAACUGUGAAUCAGGUGCGAGCCGGGACUCAUAGACUUUCAUCUGAUCAAACAGAAAGUUUAAUUAGUACAGAAGCCGCUGUUCAACAAGGCGAAGUAUCUUCGUCAAAACCAACUAGAAUAUCAAAUACAGAGUUGGCACCUUUGUUACUUUCGGCAUUAGACGGGUUUUUAUUUGUUGUAAAUGCAGACAGUCAAAUAGAAUUUGUCACAGAAAAUAUACAACAAUUUCUACAUUAUAACAAAGAAGAAUUACUUGGUAAGAGUGUUUAUAAUAUUAUUCACCACGGUGAUCACACCAAGUUUGGUGUUCUUUUAAACAACCCAUUGUUAAUCUACGACUCGCCAAUCGGUUCUCUGGGCUCUAACGUACCAACCACUCCUCUUAUGGAGCAAUCGCCCUCUGGUUCCAAAGGGAACAAUUGGAAUCAGAGGUUUACUAAAAAAUUUAAUUGCCGGCUAUUAAUCAAACCUCCAUCUGAUCAAGACCAAACUAUCGAAGAAAAACAGACAAGGGUUAGCCAGUACGAAACAUUACAGAUAUCGUCUACUAAAAUUAAUGGUGGUAUGGUCGAUGACGAAGAUAGUACAGAUGGCGUUAGCCAGAAUUUGUUAUGCAUAGCACGACGAGUGCCGUAUAAUGAAAAACAUUUAAGUCCUCCUUUGGAGCAGUUUACAAUUAAACUUGAUCAAAAUGGGAAGAUUUUGGCUUUGGAUACUAAAGAUGUAUCCGAAGUUUAUGCUCAACACAUAAAUAAAGAUUGUUUAGUGGGUAGAUUGUUACAUGAUAAAUGUCAUAAGAAUGAUGUAAUAAAAGUGGCCAACCAUAUACAAGAAACACGUCGAGCCGGUUUCGGUACAAGUCCAGUUUAUAAGUUACACUUAGUUGAAGAUAGAUACGUAAAGGUUCAAACUAAGUCUAAGUAUUUCAAAAGUAAUGAAAAUCAUGAAAUGGACUUUAUAAUGGCAGCACAUUCCAUCAUUGUUGAUAGUGAAAUGUGUGCUAUGAUUGAGAACAAUAGUGCUCGAGCAGCAGCAGAACAGAUGAAUGCCUCAUACAAUGGGACAGAUCCAUUAUCAUUAAUGUCUAAUAAUGUUGGAUCUAAUCAGUCUGUGUCGAUCUUGCAAUCUGAAUCUAAAUUCGGUAAUGACUAUAACAUGACUCCGUCAUCUGAUCUCAAUUUUUCCGAUUUCGGAUUAUUUCCAAGCACGACAUUUGGUGAUAUGUUACAAGAAAAUAAGUGGUCUGAACCAUCUACAAACUCGGUUGAAGCCCCAUCUAGAACUACACCAGUGCCUAGCCCAGCCACAGUAUCGUCCAAUCCACAUACUCCUGUGGCACAAACUCAGUACACUUCAUUUCCUUUCAGUCCACUCAUACCAUCACCAAAGGAUUCUUAUGAUUCUUGUGGUAGUGUGGAUAGAAUGGAAUCAGCUCGACUACGAACAUUGCUGAUGAAACGAACUGAUGGAUCAUCUGAAGACAACAAUAUAUCAAAGAACAAACAUAAUAUAUUAAAAGGAUUGUUGAAUCCAGAUGAUAUGGCUUCCCAAAGUGCAGAUGACGAGUCAACUAAUCACAGCACUCCACCAAGUCCAGCUAAUGUACGGCAAGCAUCUCGCAGCAAUUCUAACAUGAACGAUUCCCCAUCAACUCCAAAUAAUGCUACUACCAGCAAUAAUAAUAACAAUAUGUUGAUUAAGCAAAACAAUCAACACUCAAAUGAGGACCUGUUACUGAAUAGCGUGGGUUUUCGUAUUCUGUCCCCAACAUCACCUGACAGUCAUAACCAUGGCCGUAAACGUAAUAGCAUAAGUGCUGACGAUGAUAAUGAUCAUCCUCCAUUGAAGCGUACCAAUAGUUCCGGAGGAAGUUCAGGCCCUUCAGUUCUUGAAUCAAUGCCAAGCCCUAGUGGCUCUCAGGCACAAGUUACCAAUAGUAAAUUACGCGAGCGAAACAAAAUGCUUGCUUCAUUGUUAGCCAAAGAUCCUCCUCCUACUGCUAUACCAGCAAUACCGGCUUCUGUUAUAUCAGCUACACCACAAGACAAACUAGUUACUAUUAUAAAACAUCAGCAGCAGCAGCAACAACAACAACAGCAACAACAACAACUACAACAGCAGCAACAACAACAACAACAGCAGCAGCAGCAGCAACAAUCUGCUGGUGGCUGGAACAUGAACAGUGGACAACAUUCAAUGACUUCAUCAAGUGUACAAACCCAACUUCAAAGUCAUCAACGGAUUUUACUGCAAAAAAGUGGUAAUAACUUGUACCUAAAUCAUAUGCUGGAUCAACCACAGGCUCUCCAAAGUCAAAACCAAAUUCAAUUACAACAAAUGCGACAAGUUACCUCCUCAGCUAUUAGUGGCUAUAGUUCUCUAUUGAGUAAUAUAGCUGAAUCAAAUAGUAACUCCUUACCAUUUAAUUCUGAUCCAGAAUUGUCAGAUCUUUUAGAAGAAGUCAUGGACAUCAUGAAUGUUUCUUCAGAUAAUUCGACAUUGUUAAAUUUAUUCAACGUCUUAGAAACACCGAACGUCCCCAAUCCUGUUGGACAAAACACUAACAACCAAAAUUCUUACAAUUCUUUAAUGAAUGAAAAAAUGGCUGUUAAUGCAAUUCAAAAAUCUUUGAUGCAAGUUGAAUCUACAGUCGAAUCGCCUUCACCAUUAAACUAUGGUUCUCCAACUGGAAAUAAUCAUCAUCCACAAAACCAAUUUAUUCCACCUCCAGCAUAUCAACCACAACAAAAAAACAGUGUCAGAUUUAAUCCACAGCAAUCACCAAGGCCACCAUAUCCUAAGAAUGUUCAAACUCCGCCUUUGCAACAACAACAGUUACUAUUGCAACAGCAACAGCAACAAAAACAAAGGUUGAUUCAGCAACAACAACAGAAGCAAAGACUUUUGCAACAACAACAGCAACAAAAAAUAAUGGUUGUUACAACAAAUGCUGCAACUUUACCAACCCCAGAUCCUACCACUGCUUUGCAAACUAUAGAUUCAUUGUUAAAUAAUACUGGUCCACCUAAUGUUGCGUUACAACGUUCCUCGAGUGUACCUGAUUCACAAUCUCAACUAAGUCCAGUUUAUGCUGCUCCCUGCAGUGUGUUGCUCAAUUCUUCUCAGAUCUCACCUUCAUCUAACCGACAACCCCCAUAUUCUACUCUUACACAACAGUCUUUCCCUAUGUUAAACUAUGGAACUACUACACAAACUCAAACCACUACACAAGCGCAACAAAUUGUACAACAAGCCACUUCAAGAAUGUCUCCAUCAUCACAUUCACAAUAUCAAAAUCCUAUAAAUUCCUGUGUUAGUCAACAACAGCAAACACAAAAUAUUUAUAAUAGCCAAACUCAACAACCUGGGGUGUGGACUCAACAGAGAUUGACAUUACACCAACAACAGAAUCCUAUGCUUAACGCUCAACUACAGAUCACGGGUGGUUUCAAUAACAGUUCUGUGAGACAAAAUUUUCUUAAUCAACAGCAACAAAGUCACGGAAGUGCCACUCGUGUGCUAACAAGUCCUGUAGGUUAUAAUACCGAAGUACCACCUAAUACCAAUUGUCAGCCACAACAGCAACAGCAAUUCCGCUUACCUAGAAAUAUAAAUAUGACAACUACUAACUCACAAAUUCAGGGCGGGAAUAAUGGUGUCACAGAAUUCACUAGAAAUGAGCUGCGGGCAUUUGUAGGAGUUCGUAGUCAACAACAAGGAGUUACUCGGUUAUCUAACCAAUUAUUGCCUGGACAAAAUGUGAAUUCCGCAGAACUCGAUUCGUUGGGCUUAAAUUUUGACAUGUCUCCUACAGGUGGUAAUGAAAGUCCCAAGUGGUCUAGUUUAAAUUCAGAUUUAAGUUCGUCCUCAUCACAGCCUCAAGGAAUGCCUGCAAGAAAUCCAAUGAAUGACUCUCCGAGAACUAGUAGUGCAAAUUCAACCACUAAUGUAACAGACCAAAAAUCAUCUUCUCUUCUACAAAAAUUGCUUUCAGAAAAAUAA